AUAAAAUCGCUGCCAUCGAUAAAACAGACAACUUUAAAAAUGUUAAUUGUUUAUCGGAUGUAAGCUGAGGCAGCUUCAUCCUGCCUUGUACUUCCGCAGUCAUAUUUUUAAUUAAUAACUCGUAAUUUCACUUAAAAUUUCACAUAAAGAAAACAAUAAACUGUGUGAAAAUAAAGGAAAUAAUCGCCGGCAACCUAUUCGCCAUCCAGCCACCGACGCAAAGUGACAGCUCAUUAGCGGCGUGGCAGAAUUAGUUGCCAAUAUGAAAAAUAAAUAUAAACAACUGUAGCACUUUUUAUAGAGUGAAAAGGACAGACUGAUGUCAAGUUUACGAAUAACCUUCGAGUACUGAAACCUAUGGAGAUGGCACACCUAAGAAAAAUAAGUGUAUACCUAAACUGGCUAAAUAAAGUCCUCCUGUAACGAAUUACACGGCGGUGAAAUCGGGGGCAACAGCAGCUAGUAAUAAAUAAACCGUAAUACGGUGAUAAAAUGUCGUUAUUUUACUCAUAAAGUAAAGUAGCCUCCGUUGUGUUUCUCUCAUUUGGGACCGAGUGAUCCUCCCUCCAGUUUCGCACCUUGGCAUGUUCGCAUCCACGUAGUACAUCUUUCGUCUGUCAUUUUCAUCUGACAAUCAAUCAACUCAGCUGUCAUAUUAUAAUCCUUGUCAAAAUCAAAAUUCAUUUCAUUUCAUUUUUUAUCCGACUUUUCCGUUGUCAUUCAUGUAUUUUUACACUGAAAUAGCCAUUAUUCUAAGGAAAUAGCACUAAUAAUGCGUGUGUGGGUAUCAUAAAAUAAUUUCAGAGGAAGUACGAACUUUGGAAGCUAAUGUAGAAUCAUUAUAGAUAUAAUACAUUAAUUUUGGUUAAAAACUUCUUCAUGUGUGACUAAUACUACAUGAAAGGAACAUUGGAUCCCGGAUAUAUUGGUGAUUGAAUUAAGUUUUUUAACUGGUUUUUAUGUAAUGUCCGACGGAGACCCAUCCCUCGAAGAGGACGUUCCAAAACCCCUUUUGGAGAAAAUUGAGGAGAAUGUGUUUACUCCGAAGAUAACGACACCACUAUUUACCGGUAGUGUGAAACUACACCAUAGAAGAUCUGAUGUUGCAGAAACGGAAUCCUUCUUGUCUGACGCGCAGCACAAUGACCUCGCUAUCCAACAACUAUUCCAGGAUGGAGAUGGAGAACUUCAGAAGACGGAGAAGGAAACGAAGGGGAACAUGGCCGAUCUGCAGGCCAUGUCUGUUCUGAGCAUGUACCAGGACAAUAUGUCGCAGGAUAUGAAUACUGACCGGGACAACGGUAGCGAGGCGUCCACGCGUCCCGCUGAGGAUUGCGCCUGCGGCGGGGAAGCGCUGCCAGACGUGACUGGUAAUGGCAAGCCAACCGCCAACCAUUGCUCAAUUAUAAUGGGUGGCCUACUUAACAAUCCAUCGCUCACAUUCAACGAUGGCGUCCGCACCAUAGACUACGUGCUAGUAUGGGAGUCCGCCAAGGAGGACGCCACCAAACCUGAGGCGUACGAGCAGAGGAAGGUGUUCGAGGAGAACUUGGAGAAUGAGGGGCUGCAGCUCGAGAGAGAGGCGCCAGAGAAUCUACACGGACUGCACUUUGUUAAGAUACACGCACCAAUUACAGUUUUGAGGGACUACAGCGAAGUAUUGAAACUAAGGAUGCCGAUGAAGGAUUGCAGUAAGAUAAGAAAAAGUGGGCGGACGAAUGCGAUACUGAACGCCGCAAUGUAUAUGUCUAAGUUCUCAGCGCUGAAGGAUGUGCAUGAAAAGACGAACAGCUUCCUAGACAAGGCGGACGCGUGUUGGAACCGAUUCAUGUCCAAGAUUAGACUGGAUCCGGAGAAGUUUCCAGAAAGGAAGCAGCGGCUUACCGCCAUCUACUCUAAGGACAAGGAAUAUUUAUUCGACACAUCAUCCGACUGCUUCUGGACGCCUUCCAUCCGAUCGCGAAUAGUGCAGUUCAUCCUGGACCGCAAGAAGUUCUCGCGCCACGCUGGCGAUGACUUCGCGUUUGGCAUCGCGAGACUCAUCAACAACGCCACCUAUAACGCAGCCUAUCCGUUACACGACGGUGAUCUCAAAACUCCAGGUUCAAUGCGUUAUUUAUUGUACAAAGAGUGGGCGAGCGUGUCCAAGUGCAUCAAUUACCAACCCUUGGACUAUGUCAAAGACUACUUCGGCGUUAAAAUAGGUUUAUAUUUCGCGUGGUUAGGGUUCUACACCCACAUGUUGGUACCGGCAUCCAUAGUGGGCUUGAUAUGCUUCAUAUAUUCAGCCGCAACUGUUUAUUCCAACAAACCGAGCGAGGAUGUCUGCAACUACAACUCUAGUAUCAAGAUGUGCCCAUUAUGCGAUUACUUCUGCGACUACUGGGACUUGCGGGACACUUGUCUGCAGAGUCGGGUCACUUACCUCUUCGAUAACUCCACCACUGUGUUCUUCGCCAUUUUCAUGAGCUUUUGGGCGGCAUGCUUCCUGGAACUAUGGAAACGUUACUCCGCGGAGAUGACGCAUCGCUGGGACCUUACCGGGUUUGAUGUUUACGAAGAACAUCCCCGCCCUCAGUACCUGGCCAGGCUAGCCCACGUCAAGCGAACGCAGUUGAACGUGGUGACGGGUCAGCGCGAGCCCAUGGUCCCGUUCUGGAGGAUGCGACUUCCGGCCACGCUCAUGUCGUUCAGCGUAGUAGCACUUCUGGUGCUGGUAGCCGUGGCCGCGGUACUGGGCGUCGUGCUGUACCGCAUGUCGUUACUGGGCGCGGCUGUAUUGAGGACCAACUCUAACGUGCUCAUAACGUCCAACCCGAUCAUGUUCACCACUGCUACUGCGGCCUGCAUCAACCUGUGCCUCAUAUGCGUGUUCAACUAUAUAUACCAGUACUUAGCGGAGUGGCUAACAGAAAAAGAACUUUUACGAACGCAGACAGAAUUCGACGACUCUCUCACGCUGAAGAUAUAUUUGCUUCAGUUCGUUAACUAUUACGCAUCGAUAUUUUACAUAGCGUUCUUCAAAGGCAAAUAUGUGGGACGCCCUGGCGAUUACGUCAGGCUAUUUGGUCAUAGGCAGGAAGAGUGCGCGCCAGGCGGUUGCCUGUUGGAGCUGUCGAUCCAGCUCGCCAUCAUCAUGGUGGGCAAGCAGUUCAUCAACACCAUCGUCGAGAUGAUGAUGCCUUACUUGCUCAAAUGGUACAACAUCAUCAAGGCGAUAGGCAGGAAAAAGACCAUCAAGAGUCCGAUGCAAUGGGUAAAAGAUUUCAAAUUAGUGGACUUCGGAAACAUGGGUUUGUUUCCAGAAUACCUGGAAAUGGUGCUCCAGUACGGGUUCGUGACGAUAUUCGUAGCGGCGUUUCCUUUGGCCCCUCUAUUUGCCCUCAUCAACAACGUGCUAGAGAUGCGUUUGGACGCGCGCAAACUGCUCGCGUGCUAUCGCCGUCCCGUUCCUCAGCGCGUCACCGAUAUCGGCGUGUGGUAUCGGAUCCUGGACUCGAUCGGAAAGCUGUCCGUCAUCACCAAUGGCUUCAUAAUAGCGUUCACGUCGGAGUUCAUCCCGCGCCUGGUGUACCACUUCUCGCAGGGCUCGCUUGACAACUACGUCAACCACACGCUGGCCGACUUCAAUAUCACCGUGUUCCACAAGUACCGCCCCAUCAAGACAGCCUACAACGAGACUAUGUGCAGCUAUCCCGGGUACUGGUACUACACAGAGGGGGAUGAUUACGAGCGAAGCAACUGGUAUUGGCACAUCAUCGGCGCAAGAUUAGCCUUCGUUGUUGUUUUUGAGAACGUGGUGGCGCUAGUGAUGAUAAUCGUCCGCUGGACGAUACCGGACAUGUCGGGCGAGCUGCGCGACACCAUCCGGCGCGAGGCUUACGUCAUCAACUCCUUCAUUAUGGAGGAGACGCGCGCGCGGUCGCUGAGCUCCAGACAGUGUGGGGUCAACGACCUGCCGCCACCGGGCGACGUCCACGCGCGGGGUCACGCAGGUCACGCACCCGCACACUCCACGCCCGUUUAGCUAAUACGAGGUUACGAUGAUCCGGUGGAGUCUAGUUGGAACCAUAUCGCGACUUUAUCCGGGUCGGACUUCGAUCUCGCCGCUCACGGGGAGCACCAGGACAUCGCCGACCUGUCGCGACAUGUCAUCGCCGCCAACGCUACGGAUGGCUCCGCCGGUCCUGCGCCUGCGCACGUAUAAACUAACGUCUCAGGAAAUUUGCGCUUAGCAGUUCCAGCGCAAAUUCGUCAUAUAAAUGGUACUGAGGAUACCCACGUUAAAGGACGAGCCCUUUCUGAUCAACGAAAUCCUUUACAAGUGCGUAAUAAAAUCGUCGCGCUACCGCGACAAGGCGAGAUGGAUGUAAUAAAAACUAUGUAACUCUAGGCUUCCCUAUCGCAUCGUCACUGUCAUACAUUUUCUAUAUUAUUUAAUUUAGGGACUUUACCAGACGGUACGACAGUCCCAUUAUACCCUAAACUUACUACUUAACUCAAGGGAUUGAUCGCACUAUAUUUGCAUAGUUAAAUAGGGAGAGCGGAGUCCAUUCCAUGAGUCUAUGGGACAAGACAUUCUUUCUUGGCCUGUCUCGGGAUGUCUCGUGAGUUUUGAUGCCUCAAGUUAGCCACAAUCGUCUCGUUUAUCUUUCCAUACAAUAAGGUUGAAAAUGUAUCGAACAAAUACAUCAGUUUUUUAUAAAUGUAAAAAAAUUGAGGCGAUAAUAGUUAUUAAUAGUACAUAAACUUGUACUAGGCACAAAGUAUUUAUGUACGAUAUUUAUAAACAAUCCUAAUCAUAUAUGGUUUAAUUAAACGAUUACAGUUUUAGAUAUUAAGUGUUCAUUAUUUAUUCCAUUGCUCGAUUAUCGUCUCGACGUAUGAUGAUUUUUGAAAUCAUAGUUAAUUUAUACUUAUUUAAAAAUAAUAAAAAUAUGAUAAAACGCUAUUUCAAUGAGAAUAUAUAAUAGCCUAUAAUAAAAUUCAUGUUUGCAGAAAUGGCAACAUUACUGCAUUAGAUUAAGUGCAUAUCUGAAGAAAGAUUAUAACAAUUCAUAGUCAACAUUCUAGUUCUCUGACGAAGUUUGUUUUUUUACACAAUAUACAAAUAUAUUGAUUGAAUAUAGAGAUAGAUUUAAAAAGCAAAAUCUUAAUUAAAUACAAAAGUUUACCCAGAUUUUUAAAGCCGUUUCUGAAAUACAGGAAAUAAAGUUACUUAUGUGUAUUAUAUAAUUAUCAUCGCUCAUUUAGAGGAAUAAAAUUACCGUUUUAGCACUAUAUUUUUUGUAUGUCGGCACUUCACUUGCCUAUUCGUGUUUGCUAUUUGUAAACUUGAUAUCAGUCUGUCCUUUUCAUUUCUUAUAAAGCGUGAAAAGGACAGACUGUUGUCAAGUUUACACAUAGCAAAUACGAGUAUCCAACUGAAGUGUAGGCAUCAACACUUCGACAUUUUCCCAGAAACUAAAUCCUAAUAAAGUACUUAAAAAAGGAAUUUUUGAAUUUAAAUCGCAUAUCAUUCGACCAUAGAGCAGAUAACGGCAACUAACUUAAUCUAUCACUCAAUAUAUUCAUUAGCAUGCUUUAAUGUAUAAAUCGCGAUGCUAAGCCGAAUUCAUAUUAUAUCGUGGUCAGUUUUCACCAAAACUAAGAAUUGAUGUUACUAUAAGUCAAAUUGUUCACUGCUAAUGAAAUGUGUUCCUUAUAUUGCCUUAUUGUUGUUAUAUCUACGCGUUUUUACUAAAACAUCGUAAAACUGAAGUCGUCUCAUUUCAUUUAGAACUUAGGAUUUAAUGUUUAAACAAAACUAAACUAUAUCGUAAGUGCAAUAAGGCUAAUAUUUAAUAUUUUCACAUCUCAUCAUCAUCAUCACAUCUGUGUCUAUCGAACUAAUAUUAAGAUUAAGAAUCUCAUAUUAUAUACUUUUGAUGUAUUUAACACCAAAUUGAACUACAUAUUUUAAUGAGAUUAUUAUUUAUUGAUAAUUAAUAAAGAAUUAGUAAAAUAUCUGAUAAUUAUAAGCUUUACUGAUCCAGAGCCGCACUUAAAGUCGUGUUUAAUACAAAUGAUGUGGUGAGACCACAUACUCGAUAUUUGCAUCUCUGUUAUAGGUUAGUAUAGCUAAAACUGUAAUCGGCUCCCUGCAAUUUCCUUUUGGCUAUGUAUCUAUUCUUCUCGACUUUUAUAGGUAUCUAUAAUACUAUAUAUACAGUGCAGAACUUUUUUAAAAAUUUAGUAGAAAGCAACAGUUUUUGAAAAACUUUUCUGAUUAUAAGAAGUAUAUGGUUACAUAUUUUAUAACUUGGGAGUUUUAGAAUAAAAUUAUUUGAAUGCGUCUAAUAGUAAAAUUGCUAGCUUAUUGAUUUUGGUGCAAUGAUAUGUAAAAAGUACGUAAAACGUUUUAUAGUUAUAACAACGUUGGUUAUUAAAAUAUUUGGUUUGGUUUGGUUGGUGUUGUAAAAUAUUUAUAAUGUUUUACGAGUACAAUGCAUUACCCCAUGAUGUUGCAUGAAAUUUAUUGUUUCAUAGAGAUUGGCUUUUCCUGUAUGUAUGUGUGAGAAAUGUUUGGUUUAUUGAUUGUAAAUGGCUGUACUUAGAGACGUCAGUUGUUUCUAAUGCCUUGAUCACACUUACCGAAUAAACGGGCGUGACAGUAAAAUGUUUCUCGGCCGAGACUGUGUUUACAUGUACCGAGUACUCGGCCGAGAGCAAUGUCUCGCUCGUUUGCUCGGUACGUGUGAUCAAGGCAUAAGGCUUUGGAGAUACCUAAUUCGUUAUCCGUCAUCGGCCAAACAUGGCCGAUCAAAUCAAACGUAUGGAAAAGAAUAGACUACUAAUACUACAAUCACCAUCGUCCGAUGAUAAUCUCUCUUCUUUGAUUCUUCCGUUUUUUAGCUCUGUAUGUUCUUUCCGGUUGACUGGUAGAGAAUGCUAUAUUGGCAUUAAGUCCGCCAUUUGCAGUGUAAAGGCAAUAAAGAUUAAAUAAAUAAAUAAAUAAAAUGAUGCCCGUCCGAAUCCAUACAUUUUGACGUUUGAUUUAAUCAGUCGAUGACGCCUAAGCAUAGUUCGGCCGAUAACGGAUUACUUUUAUCCGAAGUCUUAAGCCGUUGAUGCUGCCAGUUAUUUGUGAUAUUCAUUAAUGAAUGAGAUAACACUUACGAAGCAUUAAAUCCAUGUCUCUAAGUGCAUUCUGAUUCUUUCAAUUUCGUCGAUUACUAAAAAUGCUAUUUAAGUAGUACGCGAUUACUUUCAACUUUUUGGAUUAUCAGAAAACUGACUUUGCUAUUGGUACUGGUUGGUAUGAAAAAUUAAUUUAUUUUUUUGGGUUCUUAAACACAGCUGACAAUAAAACUAUCUUUGUAUGUGCUAUGUGUUAUUAGUUGUAUUCGCGUUAUGGUUGAUUGUGAUAUAUUCUUUUACGUAAGUAAAUGGUGCUUUUUUAUUACAAAGCUUUAUAUUAUAAUCCUAAAUACGUUUGGCUGUUUUGUAUUUCAUAGAUAAUUUAAUACUAGUCAUGUAAGUUUGUCAUGUUUAUUUCUUUAUACCAAACAUUUGCACAGAAUCUCACUGUGUUUUCUAUUUUCUACUACGAAAUGCUUAAGCAUUUAGAAUCUUUAAAUACCAAAAAGUUAUAGAAAUGAAGACGCAUGAACAUGGCGUGAUUAUAAUUUAAUACUAGUGAAAAAUGCUUAAUACAUGAAGAAAUUGUAUUUUUUAAAAUAUAUUUAUUGGAAUGAGUGUUGUUAAAUAACCUCGAUAACUUUUUAAACCAAUUUUACACUAAUAUUAUCAUGUUUAUACUUAUUUGAAAUUGUGCAAUUUUUUUAUUGUUCAUCAAUUAAUUUUAUAAAUCAGUUUUGGUAUUUUAUACGGCGUUGAUUGUUUUUUAUGUUUCUUGGCGUCGCUGUCUUCUUCAGAUUCAGUGCUUACAAAACUUACGCUUUGUUGUUACAGAGGUUUGUAAGAGUGUUUUAUUUAAUAAUUAGUAGGUAUGCUUGGAAAACUAAAAGACAAAUAUUUUUAUUUAACUUUUAAUAGUCACCCCAAACACUUUUUUUUUAAAAGCUCAAAAGAUGGUGUAGUUUUUAAUUCACUUAAUGAGUUUUGGUUAAUUAACUAAUUUUAACUGGCUAAAGCAUACGUACCUAAGUGAUAAAAGUUACCAAGAUUCAUUAGAAAUAUCUAGCGAGUCGUGUUUAGAUUAUAUAUAUGCAACACAGGCAAAGACGGGAAAAUAUUGUCUAAACUUUUAUUUUAGAUACCUAUGUUUGUUGACGAACUGUGGCAAUAUUGCUAGGAACUACUGCAAUCACGGUAUAGACAAGAGAACAGACAGAUGUAUAAAAAAAACAUUAGUUUUCCUAGUUUUUACGCUGAGUAGGCACGAACAAUAGAGCAUAGAUUGAUUGUCACAAAUGUGUAUAAAAUGUUUGUUGUGUGUUCAAAAUUGUCGCCCAAGUUGAUAAAAAAUAUUAAAGAUAGGUAGGUAUACUAAUACCUCUGAUAGCUUCUUUCCGGAUAUUUUAUUUUAUGUGAAUUCUAAGAUAUGUAUGUUUGCUGUUUAAAGCGUGUCACCUAAUUAAUACCCGAACGCUGUAGCUGAUGGGUCUCUCGCCUUAAUUUGUCACUUGAGUAAACGUGUUUUUUUUUUGAGUAUUUCCUCUGUAAUAUGAUAAAGCCGUCCCGAUGACAAUAAUUGUUAAAAUAAUUUCACAUCAAUGUAAGUGGUUAUUAUUAAAUAAAUAAAAUUACAUUUGUACGCUGCGUUUUCCACUAGAUGGCGCUAUCAAAGGCAAUGUAAACUUCAGGAUUAAAACCCAAACUUUACCCAGUAAUAAUGCGUUCAGGUUAGCAAUCUGUACAAAGAUAGUUGAAGCUUUUAUUUUAUAGAACUUAGAACCAGUCAGCCUAGAUUGGCAAGUAGGAGACCCAUUGAAAAACAACAGGCGUUUAGCACUGGUUUUGAAAAAGACUUAAUUAUGUCGAAACUCUUUCUUUUGUAACAUAGGAAACAUGACCAUUAAUUAUGGGCGAUAGUUCUGAACCAUGCUAUGUUUUUAGAAAUUAUAAUAUUGUUGCUUACUGUUUGAACGUCUGAGCUAAAUAUAUUUGUGAGGUGGAAUGAAAAUAUAGGUAUAGUUCAAGGAAUUAACAACCAAAAAUGACAAUUCGCCAAUCUCUUUGAAUGUGCCUAUUAUAUAAUUAAAUGUUACUUCUAAUAUGUAAGUUUUUGUAUGGGGCUUGUGUUUAUGGCCUUACGUUCAAAAGGUAGAGAAAAGAGAUUGUUUAAUGUUGAAAGCUUUGAGUGUCUGUUAACUAAAAAAUUGUUCGUCGGUAGGAACAACGUAAAUUAGACAACGUUAUUUGUACUUUUGUGAGAUGCUUCUAUUUGUGAAGUUUAUAUACCUAAUUAUAUAUAAAAUUAAAAUCCA